AAAACCUUCACACGCUUUUCGUCCCUCAAACCGCCAAAUGCAAGGUAGAGAGGUUUUUGUUGUCUACACAAACACAUAGCGUCUCUCUCUCUCUCUGCUACAUAAAAAAAUUGAAUGGGUUAAGUGAUUUCAUUUCAAUAAUUAAUAUAGGAAUUAAAAUCAAUCGUCUCUCCGGCUCGUUUCCUCUAUCGGCGUUUGUUAUUAGAGUGAGAGGUGGUUGGGGGGGGGGUGAUUUUAGGGUUCUUGUUUGUUUCUUUGGAUUCAUUCCGAAAGCUGAUAUACUGGUAUGCCUCUCUAUUUUCCCUUUUUUCUUUCAAGGAGAUAUUAGCAAGUGCAGUUAGAUGGGCGAAUGACGUUAUUCAUUUUGGGGUGUCCAGAAGACGCAUUGUCGUUUUGGAUAAUAUUCGUUGUUGGGUGCCCAUAAUUAWUUUUUUUUUCUAAUAUUCUUUUCUGUAUUUGUAUAGCUGGGAAUGGACUAGAUUUUCUAGAUUCGAUGAAAGGAAGAUGGGUUCUUAUGAACUUCAGGUUCUGGUUGAUGAGUCUUUCUGCGGAUUGCCUUCGGAUUCUGGUUGCUUGUUGCCGGUAGGAAUGCUGGGAGAGGAAUUUGAAAGGCUGUGGUGGCGGUAGUAUGGUGUUAGUUGACGAGUUUAGAGAUUGUGAGGGGCGUUACAGUGCCAUAUUAGAACAACGUUCUGGCCUGGAAGCCGCUCGCCAGUUAUUUACUUGCACCGGGGAUAGGACAGGUCAAUCUGUUAUUGAAGGGUCAUCGUUCUCAGAAAUGGUUUGCGUCUCAUCUAACUGUAAUGGGGACAUCGUGGACCCGGCGGACGGAGUUCAUGCUUCUCGGAAUUACAGUGUUGAUUCAGUGAAUUCUAGCAUUGACCAAGAAGCAUCUGUUGUUGGAAAAGGUGGGCCAGAGAAUGGGCGUGGGAACAUGGUUUUCUUGGUAUCAGAGGAGGCACCUCAGAAUGAAUGUGGUGUUAACGGGCUUUGCUCUAAUCAGAGAGGCAAGGACUAUAAGUCAUCCUGUUUGACGACUGAAGAAUGUUUUGGAAGGGAAGAAUCUAAAUGUGACWGUGCCCCAGGGAACUUAUCAGAAAAUGAAGAAAUUUCAUUGGCUUCAUCAUCCCUGACUGAUUCACUGAACCAAAAAACCCAAAAUGAUAAGAGGGCUACUGUGGAUGUCAAUGACUCUGUAGAGGAAGUGGUUACUGAUGCUGAUGUUCAGAAGGUUGUAGAGGAUAAUUGUGAUGUUUUAACCAGAGUAUCAGGCAACCUGAUCACUGAAGCAUCACUAAUAGAAGCAAGUACUCGCAAUUUCAAGCAAAGGUCACUUGACAUAGCCUCUAACUGUUCUAUGAAUGAUUCAGCAUCUUUGCAAUCAUCUCAGCCAGUAUUAGAUAAUAUUUCUUCUCAAGCGUUGGCAGUGUCAGAUCUUCAGGAAGGGGAUGUUGUUGAUGGUGUUCUGACAUGUAGUAGUAUGGUUGAUUAUAUUGGGUAUGCAGACAAUGGAGGGAAGGAUAGUGUUAGGCCCAGUUCUGCUGUGUCAGUUCUACAGGAAGGGGAUGGUCUUAGCAGUGCUCUAACAUGUGGUAGUAUGCUCUGCAAUCAUCUUAAUAAUUAUAGUUUCAAGGAAGGGUCAUCUAAUUUAGUUUCUGAUUGUCCUAUUGAAGAUUCGGCUUCUCUACAUUCAUGUCAACCUGAUAUGGAAAUUAUUUCUUCUCAAGGCCUGGCAAUGCCAGAUCUUCAGGAAAGUGGUGCUCUUGGUAGUGCUCUAACAUGUAGUAGUACUAGCAGUAUCGUUGAUUAUACUAGGCAUGUAGAUGAUGAAGGGAAAGAUAAUGCUGGGCCAGAUUCCAUUAUUCCAGAUCUUCAGGAAAGGGGUUCUCUAGCAUGUAGUAAUAUAGUUGAUUAUGCUGUGCAUGCAGACAAUGAAAGGGAAGAUAAUGCUGGGUCUGGUUCUGUUUCUGCAUCUAACUGUCCUGACACUAUAGGCCCAAUUCUUCGGAGGAGUACCCGUCUAAGUAAAUUGAAUAAGAUGUCUGAGACAAGAAAGGCUACAAAGCAAUGCAGCAGUACUGCCAAUGGCAUAUUGCACUUAAGUGGAACGAUUGGAAUCUUUAAGAAGACAUCAAGAGGGAAAAGAAGCUGUCCCUGUAAGCGAGCACGUUCUUCUGUUUGGGGUGCUUUGGGAAACAUUAUGGAAGUGUUUGAGCAGAAUGAUGCAAUUCAGAAUCAUGAGUUGGAUUUAACUCAACUUCCAAGUCAUGGUUCACAAAAAACAAGAGGUGGUCAAAGGAGUAAAAAGCAGAAGACCCGGAAGGGUGGAAAUUCACGUAGAUCCAAAAGAAAAUUCUCUGCGUCAACUGGUGGUGCUUGUUUAAAAGUUACAAUGGGGGAAGAAGUGGGUCAAAGAAAUCUUAAGGCUGUGCUACCUGAGGCGGUAGAUCCUUCAGCAUCAGUACAAGUUUCUGAAUGUGAUUCGGACCAAGGAAUCAAUCUCGAUGUCUCAAAAGCAGCUAAUAUGGGUGAUGUGGAACAGAAGCUGAGACAGUACCAAUGCCCCAGUGAAAACCUGGGAAAGCCAAUUAGUGCUGUUGACAUUUCUGAAUUGGAUGUUCACCUUACAGAUAAGGACUUGGAGAGCACUGUGACACAAGACAUGUCUAUUGGGAACAUUGGUGGUGCUUGCCAUGUGCUUUCCUCCCAAAUAACAUGUGAAACAGUAGGGGAAGCAACUGAGAAUAGGUACUUGGAUGUGGAAACAUCUCCUGAUUCAGAAGUGAUCAAUCUGAUUCAUGAUGUUCAUGUUGGUUCAGGAGUUCAAGAAGACCUACAUGCUAUUGUUUCAACUUCUUCCCAAGAUGCUGCCAUUCCAACAGAGGUUAUAGUUUCCAAUAGGCUUGUCAUAUACACAAAAAAAGGCAAGAAAAAUGUUGAGGUUAAGGGAAGUUCAUAUUCCUUGUCAGGAUCCUGUAAAGAGGAAGGGGGACUACUUGGCCCAGAAAAAAAGAACAAGAACAAAAAGCCGGUAAAAAAUAAAUCCAGGCAGAGAGUGGGGCAUAAUCUUGAUCAUAGUGAGCCCAUUGAAAAUGCUUCCAGCAACAGUUCAGGUCUUGAGGGAUGUUCCACGGAACCAUUGCUUUUGGUGGGAGGGGUUGAACCAGGAGUUAGCCAAGAAUCUUUGAAAGGGGAACUUUGCCCAUCUUCUGGGCAAGAUGUUGGGGUUACACCAUCAGAAUCAUUGACUUCUGAGGGUUCAUUUUCUGCUGCUAAAAUUAAAGGGCGUAAGCUUCCCAAAAUGUUUAAACACAAUGUUGGAGCAAACAAAUGCAGGCCACGUAUCCCCACUUCAGCAAGGCGUAGGAAAGAAAAUAAUCAUGAACGGAAAGGUGGGCGCAAAGGUAGUAAGUGCAAGAUUAAGGAGAAGGGGCCUUUAGACCACAAAAAAGAAAAUCACCUACAGUGUGGUAGUGGUACUGACAUGGAUUUUUCUUCUGGGGUGAAAAGGGAUUCAGCAUCUAGUGAACCAGAUGACUUAAGCAAAAUUAAUGUAGGAAAUGACAUGAAUGAUGAACUGGGGAGAACCAAAAUUGACAACCACAUUGCAACAGAGGAUGUAUCUAGCUCUUCCAUGGUGUCCAUUAAGUCAGAGGAGCAGUUUAUGCCCCCACGUAAUGCAUGGGUGCGGUGUGAUGAUUGCUAUAAGUGGCGUUGUAUAUCAGCUGCACUAGCAGAUUCAAUAGAGGAGACAAAUUGCAGAUGGACUUGCAAAGAUAAUGCAGAUAAGGCAUUUGCAGACUGCUCAAUUCCUCAAGAAAAGUCAAAUGCAGAGAUUAAUGCAGAGUUAGAAAUAUCAGAUGCUUCCGGUGAAGAAGAUGCUUAUGAUGUAAAUUCAUGCAGGCAGUUAACAGCUCCUCAACAGGCAUCUUGGACACUUAUCAAGUCAAAUUUGUUUCUUCACCGCAGCCGUAAAUCCCAGACCAUUGAUGAGAUAAUGGUUUGCCACUGCAAGCCACCUCUUGAUGGCAGUUUGGGUUGCGGAGAUGAAUGCUUGAACCGGAUGCUUAACAUUGAAUGUGUUCAAGGCACCUGUCCAUGUGGGGAUCAAUGUUCAAAUCAACAGUUCCAGAGGGAGAAAUAUGCAAAAUUUAAAUGGUUUCGUUGUGGAAAGAAAGGAUAUGGGCUUCAGUUGUUGGAAGAUGUUUCCCAGGGUCAAUUUCUUAUUGAAUACGUUGGUGAGGUGCUUGAUUUGCAUGCUUAUGAAGCACGGCAGAGAGAGUAUGCUUCUAGGGGUCAAAGGCAUUUUUACUUCAUGACAUUGAAUGGCAGUGAGGUGAUUGAUGCAUGUGCUAAAGGAAAUUUGGGGCGUUUCAUCAACCACAGCUGUGAUCCUAACUGCCGUACGGAAAAGUGGAUGGUGAAUGGAGAAGUUUGUAUUGGGCUAUUUGCUCUAAGGCAUAUUAAGAAGGGUGAAGAGAUAACAUUUGACUACAACUAUGUUCGUGUAUUUGGGGCUGCUGCAAAAAUAUGCUAUUGUGGUGCUUCUGACUGCCGGGGCUAUAUUGGUGGUGACCCAUCAAAUACUGAAAUAAUUGUCCAAGGCGAUUCAGAUGAAGAAUACCCAGAACCUGUAAUGAUCGAUGAAGAUGGUUAUAACAAGGAUAAUAACGGGGAAACUAUUUCUUCUACUUGUGUUAGCGGUCGUGCAACUCAACAUGCAGAAGUUCCUCUGCAAACUAGAGAUGCACUGAACCAAGCUGUAUCUACCAUUGGACAGUUGGAGCUUUCAUUAGAUAAUGAAGACAUCACGAGCAGAUCUUCCUCUGCUGUUCCACCUUCUGAAGUUUCUUUGACAAUGGAAAACAAUAUAAGCAAGACCUUGUCUACUGUUGGACCAUUAGAUGUUUCUUUACAAACAGAAGACACUAUAGGCAAAUCCUCAUCUGCUGUUCAGUUGUUAGAGGUUUCUUUCGAAAAGCAAGAGGCUAUGAACAAAUCGGUGUGCACUUCCCAAACUUUGGAUACAUGUUUCCCAGAUGCAAAAACUGUUAGGAAAUCUGCAACAGAUUUUAUUGAUGCUAAAAAGUCCAGAUGUGAUGCAGUGGAGCAUAAGAGAACUGUGACAAAAUCACAUCCUCUCAUGAAAUCGUCUCGGUCAUCUAGUUCAAUAAAAAAGAGCAAGAACAGUGCUUAUCCUAUGAUCGCUAACAAACUUCAGGUGAUGGCAAGCAAGCCAAGAAAGUUGCUGGAAAGUGCUGCAAAUGACCGUUUUGAAGGAGUUGAAGAGAAACUUAAUGAGUUGCUAGAUGCUGAAGGUGGAAUAAGCAAACGCAAAGAUGCUCCUAAAGGUUACCUGAAGCUUUUGUUUGUAACUGCAGCUUCUGGAGAUAAUAGUAAUGGUGAACCAUUUCAUAGUACUCGAGAUCUUUCAAUGAUUCUUGAUGCAUUCUUGAAAACAAAAUCACGGACAGUUUUGAAUGAUAUAAUCAACAAAAAUGGUUUGCAAAUGCUACACAACAUAAUGAAGCAGAAUCGGAAGGACUUCAGCAAAAUUCCUAUUCUCCGGAAGCUUCUCAAGGUAUUGGAGUAUCUUGCACUAAGGGGAGUUCUUACCUUAGAACACAUUAAUAGGGAUCCUCCUCAUCCUGGAAUUGAAAGCUUUAAGGAUUCCAUACUUAUUCUAACAAGACACAAUGAUGUUCAGGUACACCAUAUUGCACGGAACUUCCGAGACAGAUGGAUUCCUCGUUCCAUUAGGAAAGUAAGCUACUCAGACAGGGAUGACAUCAAAUUGGAAUUGCAAGGUGGUCCAAACUCCAGUUGGCUUUCUUUAUCACAUAAACGCUGGAAUGAUCAAGGUUUAAGACCCACAGAAGCAAUCAAUUGUGUCACUCAAGCAAUGCAUGCAGCAAAUCCACUUGGCACUGAUGGCCAAGAGGGCAGUUCCAUUCCUUAUAUCAGCAGUUGUCCACCAAAUGUGACAAGGAUGCGGAAGUUUAAAAGUCGCUGGGAUCAACCUGUGGAGAAAAACCUGGAUCUGCAACUACCUCAUAUGAUCAAAAAACAAAAAGUAGAACCAAUUUCAAAACAGAAACUUGAACCUAGUGCACAGCAGCUUGAGAGCUGUGAAGUUGUGAAGGACCAAAUAAUGGAAGUUGAGAAUGACAAAAAUGUCAAAGGUUGCAUUCUAUCUCAGCAAGAUGAAGCAGCUACCAGGGUUGAUGCUAGCUACAUCCAAGAUGCACCUCCUGGGUUUUCGUCUCUGAAGAGUUCCCCAGUUCCAUCCAAUCCUUCUGCAGUUACUACUGCUGAAUUUUCAUCAAAAGAGGCUGGUCAUGUAGGUUGUGGUUGUGAAGUAAUUAUGGGGACUGCCCAGGCAAGGUACCUUUCUCAUUUGUCUGUGUCAUACGGAAUUCCAUUAUCCUUUGUGCAGCAGCUGGGGACACUACAGGCAGAAUCUGUGGACUGUUGGACAAUAGCACCGGGCAUUCCUUUUCAUCCUUUCCCACCAUUACCUCCUUUUCCUCGUGAUAGAAGCAACUCUUCAUCCCCAGCAUCUACUGCUAAUCCAGUGACAACUAAUGCAUGUGGAGGUCUGAGCACUUCAUGGGAAAGGCGAGUAGAUGUGACAGUUACUGGGACAAGCAAUCAGGAAAUGGUUGAGCGAGUGAGAUGUUCAUCAAAUGGCUUGGGAAGGAGGUACUUCAGACAGAAAAAGUUGAAUAAUUAUUAUCGCUACCCAUGGCUCCGCACAAGGAAUGGCUGGGGAUUCAAAGGAAACAAUUCAAGAAAUGGAGUAUACAAUGUAGGUGUAGGACAUGUAGUAGUAAAUGAGUCCAGGACUGUGUGUUUAGAUGGUGUAAGUAGUGGAGGUGAGAAUUUGGGUUCUAGUUUGUAUCAAACUCCAUGACACUCAUACCAAGGUUGAUUGAAACAGAUGCAGUGAGGAGCUGCUGGCUUUUUCCCCAACUCCUCUCUAUGUAUUUCCAAUUCUUUUGUUAUACAGGUUUUAUGAUUAAUGAAAAUUUAUUAUUUGAUUAUA